CUGUCUGGUUGUUACAAAUGCCUACCAAAUCGGGAUUUUGACAUAAAAUCGAAAAUGAGGAUAAAAUUAGAAUCGUAAAUUAAAAUUGUAAAAUUUUAAGGUCCUUGUAGAAAUUAACACUUAAAACAUUGGAUAGCAUCAACAUUGUAAAUCCUGGAUAAUACUGAAACAUGCCAUUUGUUCUAGUUAAUAAUUAAGAGAGAACUUAACAUCAAAUUGCUAGGAUCAAUAUUAGUAUCUAAGUACUCAAAAGCAUCAUCACCAUCAUCUGGAUGGUGCGGGGAUAAUCUUGGAGAUGGAUGCUGCCGACUAGUUUUGGUGGAGGAAGAUGGCAGAGGGUUAGAGCUGGUGGCCGUUCAAAAGGAAUGUGGUUAUGAGAGGGGACUAGUAGAACGAGAGAGGAAUAAGGGAUUAGGUUUCUCGCUGAUUUUGGGUAGGGGACACUGUCCAAUUCGCGAGCAAAACCUAACCCCACUGGUCUUAUUUGUUUUAAUUGACCUUGAAAUCGUGAAACUUUUGGAUUUCGCAGAUCUUUAUCGAGAUUUUAUGGGAUUUUAGGUUCCAAGAUUUUGUAGUAAAAUCAGGAUCGGAGUCCUCAGGUAAAAUGUAAGAUCUUAAUAUCGUAAGAUUUUAGAAUUAAAAUAAGAAUUUGGACUGCUUUUAUUGAUGCCACUAGCAAUGUUUCUAUUUUUCUUUUUGAAAUACAAAUUUUCCUGCUCAUUGAGCAUUAAGAAACAUGAUUUGUAUCCACAGUUAUUGUAGAGCAAGUUGUCCAUUGUAUAAGCUGAAAGCUAGGUUCAAAGCACAAGUUUUAGGCUUUAGGAUUGUCUCUACACAUCUCUCCUGUUGGAGCUUUGUGCAGAGGACUUGGUAGGGAUUUCAAAUGCCAUGGGAAUAAAUGUAGAUUUCGCUCUGAAAAUUGCUCUGUGGCAGUUUCUUCCUAAGGUUCAGAAAAGAUACUAGGAAGUACUUGCAGUAGUGAAAAGCAUACAUGGAGAUGUGAUUCGUAUGGACCAAUGCUGAACUGGGCCACUCAGUUCAACACAAUGCUUUAGAGGUUAUUGGAUUACGUCCUUAUGCUUUUUGGGUUGAGCUUUGUGCUCCUGAUUGCUGCUGUACUGGCGAACUUGUCUUUUUAACACGGGUAUGGCUCUUUACAGGAAGAGAGUGGAGCAGGGAAGGCCCAGAUGGUUUAAAUACAAUGACGGUUAGAGCAUGUGGAUUCGGUUUUUGGUAAACAUUUUGCCAAUAUUUUUGGGUUUCAAGUGCAUGAAUGAUAAGGGCAUAUUUGGAUAACUAGCUGCCAAUCAUGGCGUCACGGAGGGUUAAGGAGGUCAGGUGGAAAUUAUAUUUUGGAUUUUGAUCGAUACCGAGGUUGCUGGGAUGAAAAGAAAGCAAGCAGCUGCCGCAACAAGGCCAUGAAUCAGUAACGAAAAGCUAGCGCAUUUUUUUUAUCUGGGAUUGCUGAGUGCUGAGUGCUGAGUGCUGAGGGUUAUAUAGUGUAACAGUCUCUCUCUUGUUCACAAACAUUCAUUCUUUUGUGCUAGCAUUAUAUGGGAUGAAAUAGAAUAGCUUGCCUGGUUCUGUUUCUUUCCCCUCAUUUCCUCUUUUCUUUCCGCAUUCGUUGACGAAUACAGUGUGCUGCGCAUCUUAUUGUCCAAUCUUAUUGUCCACAGCUGACCUACUCUUAUGAUCUAUGAUCCUCGUUAGAGAGAGGAUUGAAUUGGUAGAUUCAUGGAUUGGUGGAUUGAUUCAUUAAUUUAAAUAGCAUUCAACACUUGGACCAUUUUGUAAACUUGGACAUUUUAGGUAUUAAAAUAUCAUAAUGAAAAAUUUUAAGUAUCAAAACAUGAUUUUCUAAAGAUAUUUUUUAUAUAAAAAAAUAGAUUUUAGGUAGCACUUGUAUAAUAUAAAAGUACAGGUAUUAAAAUGUAAUUCGUCGACUAUCAAUGAAUCCAAUACACGAAUCCACCAAUCCAAUUGGGUUUGGAAUUUGGAUAAAUGGAUGGAUUGGAUUACAAAUUGUCACCUCUAUUGCUUAUGGUUCUUUUAAUUUUUUUUCUUACAGAAAAUUGCCUAGGGUUGAUUUGAUUGGGUUGUAUAGGGUGAAACUCGAAUUACAUAAAUCUUUAGCGAGUUUGGGAUAUUUGUAAUAUACCAAAUCUUUUUCCGAAUAAAGUCUAUGGUUUUCAUUCCAAGAUGCAUAUUGAAGUGAUUUUUUUAGAACAAAUAUAGAUUAAAUUUAAAUAAUUAAAAUAACAUAUUGGCCAUCUUUUAUCCUUCCCAUUCCAACUCAAUGCCAUCUCUUCUCAAGGCUGGAUUAGGGUAAUAAAGCACUUAAUUUGUUGUCAUGGUGCUAACACUAAUCUCAACUAAUAUGAAGCUUGUAUUUUGCUGACUUUCUAUGUUUAAAGGGUUGACCACGGAUUUUAAUGUUAAUUGUAAAGGUAGGGGCAUGCUUGUCUUUUAAAAAAUUAUUAGAUCAUAUCAUGAAGCAGACCAGAAACACGACUAACCAAAUCACAACAUAAAAUUAUAAUAUAUACAAUGAUUUUUUUAUUCCAUAAUAUAUCUAAGUGGAUGUCAUUUUGAAAGGCAUGAUUAGUUUGUUUUCCUUUUUGCUUUUCAAAAUAACAUCCAUUAUAUAUAUAUACACGUUGUAACAAAAAAAUUAUAUAAUACCAAUGUAUACUAUAAUAGUAAAAUUUGGUGGUACAUAAGAUUAUACAAUAGUGAUAUAAAAGUGUAUUAUAAUGGUAGUCAAUGCAGUAAAAAACUAGCUUUAAAGCGUAAAAGACUACAAGUUUUUGGAACAAAAGCUAUAGUAUUUGAGAGGUCUAAAGCAUAAAAGAUAAGCUUUUAUGCUUUAACCCUUCCACUUAUUGUAACUUUUGUUACAAAAUCUUUUUGCACCAAAAGCUCAAGUAAAAGCGCUCAAGCGGUAAAAGUCUUAGAAGCUAGUUUUAAACAUCUUUUUAAAAAUUUACGUUCAGUCUUUCCUUUUAUGAAUCAUUAAUCAACCUUUUGCUUCUCCUUCGUCUACUCUUCUCUUUACCUCCAAAAUCAGCACAUGUCGCACCAUUGCCUAACAGCCAACGUCCUCACCGGUAGCUCUCGCAACACUGCUUCUAGCAUUAUCUUUUGUUGACUCACCUAGUUGCUGCAACUUCGAUAGUGUCAUUCAACUCAAUAACCUGCCCCAUCCCGACAACUCCUGCCUCCAUUGAAGAUCAUUCUCUUUCAUCCUCUCACUCACUAUCGCUUUCACUGGUUAGUGAAGCCUGACAACAACACUUCUAGCUUUUCAUCACUUAUCGUUGGUUCCCUCUUGUUUUUUCCCCUUGAAAGCAGCAUGAAGGUGUUGAAUGCUUGUUAAGAUCCUAUUAAUUUAGUUUAUCUGUGUGAGAAUAUUAAUUUUUUGGUUAAUGACUAUUUAUUGGCCAAAACGUUUUCAGAUUAUUUUUUAUUAGUCAAAUCUAUUGAAUUACUAAUAAUUAGCCAAAUGUUAACUUCCAGUUAGUAAUUUUGUUAACAAUAUUGACUUGGCAACAUGAUACUGAUUUAGAAGAGAUACAUAAAGGUUAAUUUUAGUAUUUUAACUAAGGAAAGAGUUACAAAAAUUUUAACGAUAAUGUAAAAAUGACUAAUAUUUUGAUGCAUUACAAAAUGUUUGGCAAAUUUUAGUAUUUCAAUAUGUUUGGCUAAUAAAAAAGAACCUUAAAAAAUUUGGCUAAUAAAUAGUCAUUACCUUAUUUUCUUAAACAUAGAUUGCGUAAAAGUAACAUAAAGUAGCGUAAAGCAGACUGCGUAACCAAACGUGGCAGUCAACAAAUAGUCGAACUGCCGAUGAGAGGCCGUGGAUCCGCACUUAAUGGGCUUCCCUUUUAAACCGACAUGGAGCAUAUAAGUACAGAAAAAGGAAACAGAAGAAAAAAUAAUCGUCGAACUUCCUUCGUGAGAGCUCCCCCCGGACCAUGAUCCACCUCACGCCUAAGCAAGCCAAACAAGAGUUUGACAAUCCUCAUAAAAUUAACCACAGUAAAAUGUGAGAAUGAUCUUUAAAUAUGAGUCAUUUCACUUAUUUGUUAAUAUAUUUUUUUGCACAAUACAAGUUAUAAUUAAAAGAUUUCUUGAAAAUUUACAAGAUGGGUAAAAGUUUAAGAUUUUGCGUUUCACUUUUACACUUUCGCUUUUACCCAUUAUUUGCUUCUACAUAGAAGUUAGACUUUGACUUCAUUGGUGGUAUGAAUAUACCAAAGUGUAGCGAAAGUUGGCUUGAUCCAGCGGUAUUGUCAUUGUUCUUGAACCUAGAGGUCACAACUUCGAAUUCCUCAAGUAACACCUAAUGAAAAAAACACACAUAUAUAAAAAAAAAAAAAAAAAGAAGCAAACUUUGGCAGGAUUCAUUGAGAAAUAGAAUGAAUCUCAUCAUCCAAAAUUGGUUCACAUAAUAAAUGUUGCUCUGUUCCAUUAAGUCUCUUUGUCACAUACCGACCAACUUGAUCGUAUUGAGGACUAAUAUCUUGCCUCCUCAGCAAUGUCUUCUAGCUUAGUAAGUAUCUUGCCUGAAUCAGAUAUAAGCUUUCGAAUUUGCUUGCGAGCAGCGCGAACCUUCGUAGUCUUAUGAAAGAAUCCAGUAUUAGAAUCACCAAGGAACAAGUAUUGAAUGCGUGACUUUUGUCGAUAAAAACUCUCCUUCGCCUGAUGCAGAUGUGGACAUAGUUCAGUGGCUUGCUUUUCUGCCUCAAAGUUUGCAGCAGAAGGAUCCUCAAGAGCCUGCAAUUGCUGAGUUUUCAUGUCCUGUUCAGCUUCUCUCACUCUUGCAGAUACAUCUGAGUACUCGUCCUUUUAAGACUUCGGAGCUCUUCCUUAAGAAGUAUUAACUUUUGCCUUAUUCUCUGUAGUGGAAAGCCUCCAACCUGUUCUCCCCAACAUUGCCUUAAUAUCAUCCAUAAUCGUUCAUGGGAUAGCCACAUAUCAAAGAAUUUGAAUGGCUUAGGAAAUGAUUUUCGUUGAACCUUAGUGGAAUAUAAUGCCACAAUGGUCAGAAAAGAGAGGCGUAAGAAGCCUGAUGAUCAAUCAACUCCAUGUCCCCUACCCAUUCCCUAAAUGCACUCAUGCUACUUGUAAUAGAAAUCUCGUUUGAUGCUUCCAUAGGAUGGAGGACAACAUUGAUAUCUCCCCCAAUAGUCCAAGGGAAACCCUUCACACACCACUGCUUCACCUCUCUAUACGUAUAUAAAUGCUCACUUUCCUCAUUUGAGGCAUAAACCACUGUGAAAAAGAAUUAUUCGGAGUUGGAUAGAGAUACCAAACCAUGGAUAAAGAAUGCACUUCUUGUAAGCACCCUAAGUUGUACUCCAGUUUUCCAUGCUAACCAGAUCCUACCAAGCUUAUUAUAUCUGUAAUUAUCUUCAAAUGUAAAACCAAUAAACUUUUCUUGUAUUUUUAUUAGUUAAUGUGUUUGACCAUCCAAGAUAACGGUCAAACAUUGGGUUUUGCCAAUUUCGUUACUUUGAUGAAUAGUUUGGGCAAGAUGUUAUAGAUCGAAAAAAUUGGUCAGGAUUUUUAUUAUGUGCAAAGUUCAGGCCAUACCAUGGUUGUCAUGCCAGUGGUAUGUCGACUCGGUUGAACCAGGUCCAACCGAUACCGGUCAUGAAAUCAGCUGGAAUAUCACCGGCACAACCCUCCAGCCAAUACCGGUCAAAGCCGACCAAAAUUGGGAAUUCCGGUGGUUCUGGUGGUUCAACCGGCAUGGGAGAUGCAGGCCAAAGGCCUCCAAACGAGGCCGUUUUGUCCAAAAAUUGUAGGGUUUCAGCAGCCAAGCUCCAAAGCGCAUCCCCAUUCUCCACUUCGCCUCGCCCAACCAGUCUCGACCUCCUGCCUGCGCUCGCGUUCAAGCUUCUUCCGGCAAGACCUCCUUCAGCAGCCCGGGCAACAAACUCCUCCGGCGAGGUCCCUCGAUUCGACAGCAGCCCACCUGUCACGUUCAUCUUCCUCUCGGCGCGACUUCUUCCGCCGACGCCUCGAUUCGCCAACAGCAAGGUUUUCUGGCGAUGCACGAAAUGCGGCAACCCUGCUUCUUCUUGUGUGUGACGAUCUAAUGGCCCCCAACAGUCCACCUUCUUCCUCAAAUCACCUCCAGCCCUUGUCUCAGGUAACGACUUGGCUUCUUCUGUUCUUAAAUCUCCAAACUCAUUUGAUAUAUCCUAUCUUGGGAAACAAAUUGAUAUGUAAACAUUAAACAACUUUGAUUUGUGUAUAAUUUGUUUGUAACUUCGUAUAUAAUCUUGUGCAUAUAAUCUUUUGGGUGAAGUGAAUAGGGUGAUGAUGAAUUAGGCUUCAUUCUCUAAUUUGUUGCUCAAUUUUACAGAUCAAAGUAGAUGGACUCAAGCAAUGCAUUAACUCAACCAUCUGUGGCAAGUAGUAAUGAUGGUUCUUUUUCCACAGUUCGCUCAAAAGAAGAUCCUACUUGGGAGUAUGCCGAAGAAAUCAGAACUGAUGAUGGGAAGUUGUGGAACAAGUGCAAGCUACGUACUCAUAUUAUAAAAGGUGGAGGAAUUACUAAAGUGAAGCAACAUUUAGCCGGAGAAAGGGGUCAAGUUGGUCCUUGUCCUCAAGUUAGCCAUGAUAUUCGUGAGAGGUUCAAGGCUUUACUUAAGGCAUCUACUAAAUCAAUGCCUAUUGCAAGGGUUAAUGUUGAUGAUUCCGAUGAGGAAGGUAGUACACGUGUAGUACAAGGGAAAAGCGCUGCAACAACUCCUAAUUUCUUUGCUCCAAGAACAAGCCCAGAAGCUCAACCUGGUAUUCGGAGUGCUUUCGCAGGAAAAGAGGCAAAGAAGCAUGCAAACCUCACAGUGUGCUACUACUUUACCUCCAGCUGAAUGGUGGACACUAUAUGGAGAUGAUGUUCCAAAUUUGCAAAGUGUUGCUAUACGACUUUUGUCUCAGACAUCAUCAUCUUCUGGUUGUGAGCGGAAUUGGAGUGUAUUUGACCAAAUUCAUAGCAAGCGGAGGAAUCGAUUGCAGCACCAGAGAUUAAACGAUCUUGUUUAUGUGACAUACAAUCUGAGAUUGAAGUCUAGGUGCUUGAAGAAAGAGUGGAAGAGAGAUCCAAUUCACUAUGAGCAAUUGGAUAAAAUUGAUUUUUGGAUUGUAAAGGAAGGUCCACCUACAGACAUUGAUUUUGAGGAGAUUGAAAAGGCUCUCUAUGAGGAGGAGCAGGAGGAAUCAUCAUCCUCAUCUAGAAAGCGUCCUCGUGUUGACGAGGACUUUGAUUAUGAUGUGACCGAUGAAAUCGAUUUCGAUCUUACUCAAAUCAUUGACGCAAUGGAGAUGGAGAUGGAUGGUUUUAUCUUUGAGGAUGUUUGAUUAUGUACUUUUAACAUUUGGGUGAUGUUUGUUGAAUGUUUAGGUGAUGUUAUCUUUGAGAAUGUUUGGUUAUAUACUUUAAACUAUGAAUGUUUAUGUGGUGUUUGUUGGAUUUAACUAUGAAUAUUUAGAUGUUAACAUUAACUUAUGAACAUUUGUGAGUUGGUAUUUAAUUUUGUCCUAAUUCAAUUAAGGAUGUAUUUUAGA